AUGAGCGCGGCAAAGGUCACGAGCCGGUACUGGGUCGACAACAUGUGCAACUCGGUUAUGUUCGCCGGGGCACUGGCCCGUGUGGCGCAAGAAGCUGGUGAUGUUAACCUCGUGGUUAAGAUCGGCCCUCAUCCCGCUCUUAAGGGUCCUACAACAGCCGUCAUCGCGAGUGUUCCAUACACGGGACUGCUCGCUCGCGGCGAGAAUAAUGUUCUUCAGCUCAGUGCUGCGUUAGGAUUUGUCUGGACGAGACUUGGGACCGACAGCGUGCGAUUCCGCGACGUCGAAUCGCUGCUGUCCGGCACGGAAAGCAGAGCCAAGGUCCUUGACGAUCUUCCUCCAUAUUCCUUUGAGCACCAGCGCACCUACUGGACGGGCAGCCGGAUGGCCAAUCACUUCAAGCACCGACGGGCCAUCCACGCCCCGAACCCCAUUCUGGGCUCGCCGUGCUCCGAGGCGACGACGCCCGGCGAGGUUCAGUGGCGCAACAUCUUGCGGCUCGACGAGAUGAGCUGGCUAAAGGGCCACAUGCUUCCCCUCGUUGAAACGAAGCCAUACAGCAUGGUCAGCGUCGACAACGAGGCUUUCUAUGCCAAUCUCUCCGAUGUUGGGUAUAAUUACUCGCCGCCGUUCUGCGGCGUCUCCAACAUCCGCCGCAAGCCCGGCUAUAGCGUAGGCACGCUGCUCAACCAAUCCGGCUCUGCGUGGGAGGACAAGCUCGCUCUGCACCCUGGCAUGCUUGGUUCUGCUCUGCAGGCUACCUUUGCCGCUUGGUCGUUCCCCGGCGAGACUCAAAUCUGGGCACUGCAUGUCCCCGUUUCCAUAUCUACCAUCAUCGCCAACCCGUAUUUUACCACGCUUGGCCAAGGCGACAAGCAGAUAAUGAUGCGGUACGAGGCCUUCAUUCGGAGCAUGGAGUCGUCUAGUGUCGUGGCAGACAUCUACCUACAUAAUGAGAAUGCCUCUCACGCAGAUCGAGGGCUGUGA